CGUGUCCGGUGCCUUGCAAUGCACACAACUUGCCUGCUGCUUGCCACACUCACACUCACACUACUUGGUCAACAGCAGCUCACUUGGAGCAUUGGCCAAGUGGCCAAUGUCAAUGCCAUGGAGAUGAUCGAACUAGAGCUGAAGCGUACGCCAAAUAAGUUGGCUUAUUGUCAGUGGCUGGAGCAACAGCUCGAGCGCCCCUUCCUCCUCAGCACAAGCUGUGCGACCAUAUUGAACGAGAAUUUGGACACGGCAUUGACCGCUGAACUGCUCAUGGACUCGAAACAAAGAUGCUGGUGGGGUGCGGAGAUGUUUGGCAGACGUUGUCGCAAACGUGCAUAAAAUCUUCAGCUCGCGCCUGGUGUUUUUUUUAUUCUUAAAACAACUUCUCUAAGCCUUUAUGUUAUCCUAAUACAAAAAAAAAAAGAAAAGAAAGAGAAGCGAGACAAAAUAAAAAAGUAAAGCAGCUUA